AUGAAACUAUUAUCUGAAGGACAAUUAAGGUUUUGUGUUAUUCAGCCAAUACAUCUUACAUCAUGGGUGCUACUAUUUUUUAUUCUGAAGUCUAUCUCUUCUCUAAAACCUGCCAGACUCCCAAUUUAUCAAAGGAAACCCUUUAUAGCUGCUUGGAAUGCUCCAACAGAUCAGUGUUUGAUAAAGUAUAAUUUAAGACUGAAUUUGAAAAUGUUUCCGGUGAUUGGAAGCCCACUGGCCAAGGCCAGGGGGCAAAAUGUCACCAUAUUUUAUGUCAACAGAUUGGGAUAUUAUCCAUGGUAUACAUCACAGGGAGUCCCCAUUAAUGGGGGUCUCCCCCAAAACAUAAGCUUACAAGUGCAUCUGGAAAAAGCUGACCAAGACAUUAAUUAUUACAUCCCUGCUGAAGACUUCAGUGGACUUGCUGUUAUAGACUGGGAAUAUUGGCGACCACAGUGGGCCCGGAACUGGAACACAAAAGAUGUCUACAGACAGAAGUCAAGAAAGCUUAUUUCUGAUACACAAGGGAAUGUAUCAGCUACUGACAUUGAAUAUCUAGCCAAAGUGACCUUUGAGGAAAGUGCAAAAGCUUUCAUGAAGGAAACCAUCAAAUUGGGAAUUAAGAGCCGACCCAAUGGCCUUUGGGGUUAUUAUUUAUAUCCCGAUUGCCACAAUUACAAUGUAUAUGCCCCAAACUAUACUGGGUCAUGCCCAGAAGAGGAAGUUCUGAGGAACAAUGAACUCUCCUGGCUUUGGAAUAGCAGUGCUGCUUUGUACCCUUCCAUUGGUGUCAGGAAAUCCUUUGGAGACAGUGAAAAUAUUUUGCGCUUCUCACAAUUUCGAGUGCAUGAAUCCAUGAGGGUCUCCACCAUGACAUCCCAUGAUUAUGCUCUGCCUGUAUUCGUCUACACAAGACUCGGGUACAGAGAUGAGCCUUUGUUUUUUCUUUCUAAGCAAGAUCUAAUUAGUACCAUAGGAGAAAGUGCUGCCUUGGGAGCCGCAGGCAUUGUGAUUUGGGGAGACAUGAAUUUAACUUCAUCUGAGGGCAACUGUACAAAGGUGAAGCGGUUUGUGAGUUCUGAUUUAGGGAGCUAUAUAGUCAACGUGACCAGAGCGGCCGAAGUGUGCAGCCUUCACCUCUGCAGGAGUAACGGGAGGUGUAUAAGAAAGAUGUGGAAAGCUCCGGAUUACCUCCACUUGAACCCUGAGAGUUACUCCAUCGAGGCCUCCGAGGAUGGCGAAUUUACUGUGAAGGGAAAAGCAUCUGAUGCAGACCUCUCAGUGCUGGCAGAGAAAUUUUCCUGUCAUUGUUAUCAGGGAUACAAAGGCGCUGAUUGCAGAGAAAUGAAGGAGGCUGAUGGCUGUCCUGGGGCUUCCCCCUUUCCUGGCUCACUAAUAGCACUGUGUUUACUCCUUUUAGCAGGUUAUCAAAGCACUCACUUGUGA